AUGGCCGGAAACCGUGUCCAGUACCGCCGCCGUAACGGCUACAACACCUCCUCCAACCUCACCCGCAUCGUCAAGACCCCGGGUGGUGAGCUGAGAAUCCUUCACAUCAAGAAGCGCGGUACUGCCCCCAAGUGCGGUGACUGCGGUGUCAAGCUCCCUGGCGUCCCCGCCCUCCGCCCCCGCGAGUACUCCCAGAUCUCCAAGCCCAAGAAGACCGUCCAGCGCGCGUACGGUGGCUCGAGAUGCGGUAACUGCGUCCGUGACCGUAUCGUCCGUGCCUUCCUCAUUGAGGAGCAGAAGAUCGUCAAGAAGGUUCUCAAGGAGCAGAGCCAGAGCGAGAAGAAGAAAUAA